CUGGGAGCUGGCCCCCAUUGGUCCCCUUUCAAACUGUAGGAACUUUAUCCAUCCUCUUACUUGGUGCCACUUGUAAUUACAUAUGUUCACCUCUCUCUCUCCUACGCCCCCUAAUGCAGCCACCUGUAAUGGAAAUUUUAGAACUGUCUUGGCAAGCCGGUGGCUGGUUGCGGUUUUUUUUUUCUAUUUUCUGUCCACUCAAGCUGUGUGUUUUGUCUUUGAGCUUUAAAGACCGGAAAACAAUUGGUUUGUUUCUUCUUUUUUUCUUUGUUUCGUUGCCUCAUUACUCACGGGCUGCAUUUCUAUAUAUUUAUCACCUCUUUCGUUUGCAUUGGUAAAGCCAUUUUUUUUGUUGUUUUGACUCGACUCAUACAUCUUCAUCUCAUGCAUAACCAUUUAUAUUAUGUCCGCGUGGUUCAAGUUAAUGGCUUCAUUCUCUUGUCCAUCUGUCCAUUUGGACGGCUUUUAAACGAUUCAUCUGCAGCCCCUGCCCAAGAGACAGCAUUGCCCACGGAGGCUUACCUGCAAUUGCAGGGUCUACGCCACUUAUAUUGCAACAAAGUCCUCAAAACUUCAGAAAAUUGCAAUCCCCAAUUUUCCUAACUGAUCAAAAGGUAAUUACUUACAUACUUAUUUGUCAUUUUAUUAAAUCGUAAGGGUAAGUUGCGUCCACUUGACCUGCUCUUUUCUUUAACUUCGCCCAUCCAUUUUAAAGACCAGAAAAGCUGGCCAUGCAGGUAGAGGCUGCAGUUACAACCUCAUUCACUCUCAGCUAUAUGGAAAUUCGAGAGAGAGAAACAGAAAAACAUGUAAGAGAAAUGUGAAGAUAAAAGUUUAAGAAAAAGAUAAGUUGAGAGAAAGAAGAGGAUUUUCGUUUUUGCUGAGAGAAAAAAAAAAUGACGAAGGGAAUAGUGCAAGACCAAAAUCUAGAGAAGCAAAUAGGGAAACAAAUGGGAUGCAUGGCUGGUUUCCUUCAGAUCUUUGAUCGUCACCAGAUUCCUACUAGCAAACGCCUUUACUCCAGCAAGCGCCUCCCUCCCACGCCGGCAAGUAAAACGAUACCGGAGCAAGAGAAGAACGCUAAGUCACCAGCAUUAUCGAGAGAAUUCGAGAAGCAGCCGCUAGGUCGAUCAGCAUCAUCACCGGACCAGUCAAAGCGAUCUCCGGUUACAUCGGAGCUCCGAACUCCGGCGCCUGAACCUUCCACUCCGACUGAAAACCAGAACAAGACACCUCUUCCCCUUCCCAUUUUCGAUUUCAAAGAAGGCAGCGCAAGGUCACCAUGGAAAUUCUCCAAAGAAGCUCCGAGGCUCUCUCUGGAUAGCAGAGCCAUUCUUGAUGCUCAAGGAAGACUUAAGCCUCGACAGAUCCGUACGAACGCCGCCAUUUCAUCUGCGAACCAAUGCGAAAGCAACAGCGAAGAAAACGGAGUGGAUGACAACUACAAACAACGACGGACACCUAGCGUAAUUGCGAGGCUCAUGGGACUCGAACCGUUGCCGCAUUCGGAUCCCGAACACAAUAGAAAAGCGAAGCUCCGAAGAUCCGCGUCGGAAACAAGAGGCAGAGAUCUAUUUCAGUAUCGUUUUACAGAUGGAGUUAAUUUCCAUUUAAAGCAGGGCCAGCAACCAAAUUUCCAAAACGAAGUGGUUUUGAGCAAUUUGGUAAGAGAAAAUAGAGCCAAACAAGACCAAAUAACAAGUAACAGACCAGAAGGCUUAAGAAAUGCAAGAACUGAACCGUUUAAAGCUCCGGUUCAAGGAAUGGGCCAAAGAAAAUGUUUCUACGAUUCAGCUGAUUUCUUUCCCGAGCCAAGACAGACCGUUUCCAUCUACGGAGAGAUUGAGAAACGGCUUAAGCUGAGAGGAAUGGACGAGACGUCGAAGGAUCUCGAGACUCUUAAGCAAAUCCUCGAAGCUUUGCAACUCAAAGGCCUUUUACGCACUAAGAAACCUCCAAACCAAACGAAUAGCAAGAACUUGGUUUAUGAACAUGAACAAUCUCCAAUUGUCGUUGUUAAACCGGGAAGAUCACCGGCUUCAGCAGUCAGAAGGAUUGGCAGUGAUUCGCCUCCUUCGAGUUAUACAUCAAGACCUGGAGCUUGCUGGAACUUGAAUCUCGAGUCACCGCCGACGAUGAGUCCAAGACGUGACCGGCCGAGAAGUGAAAGGAGGGUACGGAACCAAACCAAUGGUAGGGGUUUUAAUUCUCCGGUGAGGAGUGCGUGUGGCGUCAAGAAUCCUAACAGAAGGCAUUUAAGCGUUGAAACGCAGAGGAGAGAGAACGAUCAUGUGGAGCAGAGAAAAGUUUAUCCGGGUCAGUCGCCUCCGGUUAAUGUGAGAAGAACUGGAUUAGAUCAGACGACUAAUAGAUCACCAAGAAACAAUAAAUCAACGGCUGAGAUUUAUCAGAAAGAAGAGAAGGUAUUUAUUCCAGUGGAGGACGAAAUACCCAUAGUUUCAGAGAGUAGCAUUGGCACAUGUUCUCAAACUGUUACGGAGGGAUCGAAGGUGGAGGAAUACCAGGAACAGAGGAGCCUCUUGGAAAGGUGUGAUAAGCUGCUUCACAGCAUUGCAGAGAUGAACGCCACGACUGAGUUGCAGCCGAGUCCGGUCUCGGUAUUUGACUCAUCGUUUUACAAGGAGGAGUCUUCUCCUUCCCCUGUUAUAAAACGGAACACCGAUUUCAAAGAUAAACUUAUUGAAUCAGAAGAUGAGCUGUGGAGUCCUGCAAUCCCAUCCGCCGAAUCAAAGUCUGAAGAUAAAUCAGAUGAUUGUGAUUUUAUCUAUAUUUCUGAUAUCCUCAGCGCAUCCAAUUACUUGCCUGAUGACUCUGAUGUCUUUAUGUUGCUUGAGAAGCAACAGUUUCUCAAAGGGAAAGACAGCUCCAAAGUCUCUAGUCUCCAAAGGAAGCUUAUAUUUGACACCAUCAACGAAAUUUUCAAUCGAAAGAGACAAUUACCGCCAUGGAAGCUUAUCUAUUCAGGGGCUGCACGGACAUCAUUGCAACAAAUUUGGUCCGAAUUCCAAAAGAUUCGGGAGAGGGACUCAUCAGAUGACUUGUUUGAGGUCAUUUUUGGUGUGUUAAGAAAGGACCUUGCGGGGGAUGCCAUUAACGGCUGGGGAGAUUGCCCCAUUGAGAUGUCCGAAGCUGUACUCGAUAUCGAACGACUAAUAUUUAAAGACCUGAUCGGCGAAACCAUUGAAGAUCUCGCUGCAUUUGUUGGGAAGUGUAAUAAAAUCCCGGCACCUCGUAGGAAAUUGGUGUUCUGAAAGCAAGGGAUGAAAAAGAGAUUUGCGAGAUGUUUGAUAUUCCUUUACCUGAAAUCCAACCAUAAUUUGACGAUCGCUUUUGCCAGCUGGAAAAAGGAGGGAUAAUUUUUGUGACCACAAUUGAAAUUUUAUUGUCAAGCGCAUGUCUGAGCAAUCAAUUAUAUUCACAUUGGCCAUUUAAUAUAAUUAUAGAAAAGUGAAAGUGAUGCGGAAAAAGGACAUUGUUUUUAGCAUUGAUGCAAAGUUCAAAAUGAGUUUUGUCCCAAACUAACCAAUAACUAUACCUUCGCCUAGCAAUUCUUAUCAUCGGAUCAGAUUGUGGUAAGGUUGAGACGUGAUUUCAAACAUAACUUUAGACAAGAUAUAAAUAGUUUUGACAUAAUUCUCUCGUAUUCUUUAUUUUUUUAUCUUUUGACAGAAUUCUCUCGUAUGCUAAAUCCCUUAAUUGCCUAAUAAUGGAAGCUUAUAGUCGGAUGUGUUCCACAAUAUUCACUUAUCAGCAAGAGUGUUCUUAAUGUGUACUGAGUAGCAUUUUCCGAGCUUAAAAUCUAAUUGUAUCCAACUGAUCCAGUUCUGGUCACUAGAGGCUGCCACUUGUCAAUCUGGUCCGUACCUUUUAAUUGUAACAAAUGGAGCCCAAGGCUCGUAAUGUUCCCGUGAUCUUAGAUCAAGAACAGCCGCUGUUCUUUUCGUUUCUUGGCAUUCAAUUUUGGACCUUUUUUUCUCCUCUUCUUAAAUGCCUUUGUGGCAAAAACUGCAACCGGCAGGCUGCCGGCCAGACCACUAGUAGAACUCUAGUAGAACAGCUCUUUACAAAGGCCUUUUACUGCAUAAUAUGGGCAAGGCGUUGGCCGUUGGAGUAAGGAGCGAUCACCUUUAACCGUAGCUUUCUGCCUUCACAGAUCUUCUCUGGUGUUGUCAGGGCAAAAAGAACCACCGGCUCUCUCCUUGGGUUUGAAUUCGAUGGCGUAGCUUUGAAAGUUUUUACUAUCUUUUCAUGUUUGGCUUCUGUUCAGUUCCCUGCCUGUAAAAACUGAUGCUUUGUAAAAUUGUUUUGCUUCGUUUCAGACAUUAAAAACAAGUUAUAUUACAAAUUUGUAAUGCGCUGUAAAGGAUACAAGCUACAGAGGAAUGGAUCAUCGUCCUUUUUCCUUCGUUUAUUUUGUUUUUGGUUUGGUUUUCUUCGUUUUAAAUGAUUUUGUCAGCUUAAAACUGUAACAUGGUUUCUUGCCUACAAAACCCCCAACACGCUUUUAAAAUCCUAUCUUCAAUGAGUUGGUUGACGGCUUGAUGCAAUCUUUAUUUCACUUGAAUUUACAUGUUUGUGAGGCCGAGAAAAGCACAGUGUUAAACAGAAGCAGGGGCCCUCUCAAUUAAGUUCCUGAAAGAGCUGUGGAGAGAUUUGUUGUUAAUGUUACUAUUUGCCAAACUCUUUUUCCCGCAUGGGGUCUACAUCCAACUGUAAAAAAAGAACAUCAUCGAGUAAAUUUCUAUGUUCUUUGGCCCCUUCAAAUCAAAACACAGAAUUGAGUGUGAUGGAACAGAAAGAAGUAGAAGACACAUCCAAGUUUAAUUUCAGUUGUUUGUUUCCCCUUAUGGCAAUUAUAGAGGCGUGCCAUGUCUGAAAUCUAUUGUCCUGACCCUGAAUCAUGUUCUUGCCUCGGGCACAAGGUUAAGCCCUAAAACAUCUAUUUAUCACCAUAGCUAGCUAUGGUUAUUUUUGGUUUGACUCUAACUUUGUA